AUGACGAAUAUCUCACUGGAAGAAAUGAAUGCGGUAGGUGAGCUUCUACGUUCGUCUGCGUUCGAUGCGUUCGAGCUUGAAAUGGAGGUCACAUCCGACGGGGAAAUCACCGCGAUUGCACUGUGGACGGAUUGCACGAUGUUCGAUAAGGUGCACUCUGGUGGGGCAGAUCAGCCCAGCAGACGGCAGAUGUUGAGCUUUCUUCCGAAGCCUCUCAGUGUUGUUGAGGGGUCUACGGUGAGAUUGAAAGGUAGGUACGACGCAUCGACGGGACAUUUCACAUUUGCAUCAUCGGAAUGCAGCCCAAACAAUUCUCAAACAAACUCGGUCGUGAGCAUGUCAGUCGAACGUUGGCACUUUCCAAUGAUCAACGAUGAGCGCCGCAACAGUGCGUACAACCGGGCAAUCAAGGUUUUGAGGGGACAACGUGUAGUUGACAUCGGCGGUGGAUCAGGGUUACUCGCGAUGAUGGCAGCGCGAGCGGGUGCGGAACAGGUCGUCACUGUCGAGCGUGUCGGUGAUAUGGCUGAGUGCGCCUCGCGUGUUUUGGAAGCGAAUGGUUUUGGAGGCAAAGUUUCAGUUGUUCAUGGAUCGUCGCUAAACCUGAAGGUCCCGGAUCUGGGUUUCAAGGAAGGCCUUCAACCCACAGUCGUUUUAUCUGAGGUUCUGGACGAUGGUCUGCUGGGUGAAGGUGUGAUACCUACAGUCGCGCAUGCUCGCCGAGAGCUUGCUACACUAAACGCAUUGGUAAUCCCAGCAGCAGCAAAAGUGUGGGCCAUGGUAGUCAACAUGCCGCCACAGCCAGAACCAAUCAUUAUGCCUUCCAGUUCUUCACCAAAAGACUCGCCUGCGAGACGGUGGGCUGCUUAUGACACUUUACGCCCGCCUGAGGUGAAGAAAUAUACCUCGGUGAGGCUUGAUCGUGUGAAGUUCAUGCCUCUCACCGAGCCAUUCCCUGUUUUCGGUUUUGACUUCGACGCACCUCUGGAUGAUCCGUCGUCGGUUGCUGACUACUGCCGAGAGCAAGCCGUCCAAGUGAAUUCAAUCGCAGCAGGUUGUGCGAAUGCCGUUGUGUUCUGGUUCACGCUGACAUUGAAUCGGAGCGGCGAAACUGAUGGGCUUGCUGAUAUAUGCACCUACCCGGCCAUGACUGAGAAAUGUGGAGCAUCUGGUAGUAGCCGAUGUUGGAAUCAGGCGCUGCAAUUUGUGAAACCCACCAUCGUAGGAGGGGCAGGCACGACGCUCACAGUCCCUUGCGCUCACUCGCCGACGAGGAUGACGUUCGGAGAUAUUAUGACAUAA